CAGAACUUUCAAGAACACAGACGCGGGGAAAGCACGCUGUCAGUCGCCCUCCUCUAUUGGACUGUAUGAGAGACUGUGGAUAAGGAUCACCGGAUCGCAGACUCAGAUCACCGGAUACACCAGGAGUCUUCACCUGUGUUUUUUUUUUUUUGUUUAGUUUUGUUUUUUGUAUCGCUCCACUGUGUCACUGUGCUUCGUUGUUUUAAAAAGUUUAAAGAACAUCACUUGACAAGUUAAGAGCAGAAGCUAAUAGGAAAGAAGUUGACUGCUUUGUGGACCACUUGAACAAUUCCUCCAUUGGAGUCUUCUGUCUCGUUCUUCCUGACCAGAUCUCUUCCUCUCCAAGCUGUGAUAUAAUGUUAUGAUCAAAGCCUGGUGGAGAAUUUAAACGUUUCACAGAAGUAGGCUUCUCGGGACUCAAAAAUUCAGCUACCAAAAGUCUUCACCAAGCUCGUGCCCAUGGCCCACCCCUAUGAGGCUUGGUUUAGACCCACCCACCCCAGUGGGAGCACCGAAGAGGUGCCCUCCUGGUGGGACCUCCAUUCAGGGACCACAAGCUGGAUGGACCUCCAGAACGUCCAAGGUGGCCUCCAGACCUCUGCCCAGGCUGGAGGGCUGCAGCCCCCCAUUGGCACCUAUGCUUCAGAACCCCAGCUCUGCGGACCGCCUUCCCACCAACCCCUAGCCACCCAGCACCUCUACACCCAGGAUGGGUUCAAGCAACUGGACAGCACAGGGCAGGAAUUCCACCCUCUGGAGGAGCCAGUGGACGUGGGCAACAGGCCCAAGAGCCACCGACGGUCGGUGCCACGCAGCUCCGGCCAGACAGCCUGCCGGUGCCCGAACUGCGUGGAGGCAGAACGGUUGGGGCCCUGCGUCAACGAGGACGGCAAGAGGAAACAUCUCCACAACUGCCACAUCCCUGGCUGCGGCAAAGCCUACGCCAAGACUUCUCACUUGAAGGCCCACCUCCGCUGGCACAGCGGUGACAGGCCCUUUGUCUGCAACUGGCUCUUCUGCGGCAAGCGCUUCACCCGCUCGGACGAGCUCCAGCGCCACCUCCAGACCCACACGGGCGCCAAGAAGUUCACCUGCACGGUCUGCAACCGGGUCUUCAUGCGGAACGACCACCUCACCAAGCACCUCCGGACCCACGAGGGGGCCAAGGAGGAGGGGGAGGCCAGCGCAGGCGUCGACAGCAAGAGCUUCGAGCCGAGCCCCGACGCCACCCUUAAACCCAAACGGGAACCCGAGCCCAGCGCCACGCCCGGGGGAGGGGGCCAGCCCAACUGAGGG